UGCAAUGAAACACCCCCUCUCAGUCUAUUGUAGCUUUGGUGGCAUAGACUUUGUUUAUUCCGUCACAUGAAUUUUUUUUAACUUAUCUCAGUGUAAGACGACUGUAUUCUUUUCUCUAUCUCUCUUUCCUUGGGCAGUUGGGUGUUGUACCAGUCAGUCUUAUGUCUUCCUUUCUCAUUGUAUCUGAUGAGAACCAUUAUUCUUUUUCCCAUUAACAGCCAAGUCUAUUAAUACCCAACCCCCUUACCAGUGUUCUGCUCAUUCUUUUUCGCUGCUAAGCUUUUAUCUUUUCGUUCGCUCUUCAUCCAUAACAAUGGCAGCGAGCGAUGUGCCAUGUUGUGAGACAAUGUUCUGGAUAUAUCUGGUUAUAUGCGUAGCUCUUGUGUCUUUUGCUGGUCUAAUGUCAGGCCUCACUCUGGGACUCAUGUCCCUCAGCCUUGUUGAUCUAGAGGUCCUGGCCAAGGCUGGUCGGCCCCAAGAUAGGAGGAAUGCAGAGAAGAUCCUGCCCAUUGUUAAGAACCAGCACUUGCUCCUGUGUACCCUCCUCAUAGGCAAUUCUCUGGCAAUGGAGGCCCUGCCCAUUUUCCUUGAUGCGCUUGUCCCAGCUUGGGGUGCUAUAUUGAUAUCAGUCACCCUCAUACUUGCUUUUGGGGAGAUCAUCCCUCAAGCUGUCUGCUCCCAGUAUGGUCUGAGCGUCGGUGCAAAACUGUCUGUUGUGGUUCGGUUACUUGUUUUAGUCCUCUUCCCUAUAUCUUACCCUAUCAGUAAGCUCCUGGAUUGGCUCCUUGGAAAGGGCCAUUCUGCGCUGUUACGGCGAGCAGAGCUAAAGACCUUGGUGGAUAUGCAUGGAAACGAGGCAGGGAGAGGUGGGGAGUUGACACAUGAUGAAACAACCAUUAUCUCUGGAGUUUUGGACAUGACACAGAAGACAGCUAAAGAUGCAAUGACACCCAUAUCUGAAAUAUUUUCCCUUGACAUAAACACUAGACUCGACGAGGAUACAAUGAGCCUAAUACUUAACAGAGGGCAUAGUCGAAUACCCGUCUUCUCAGGAAGCCUGACAAAUAUAAUCGGCCUUAUUUUGGUGAAAAAUCUGAUCAAAUGUCGUGCAGAAGAUGAAACCCCAAUCAGGAAUCUUACUAUUAGAAGAAUCCCCAGGGUAUAUGAUUGUUUACCACUGUAUGAUAUACUAAAUCAAUUCCAGAAGGGUCACAGUCAUAUGGCUGUUGUUGUGAAGUGUAGGAAGGAUGUCAAGACAAAUACAGAAAAUGCAAACACCAAACCCUGCACAUUUGCGAUAAAUAACUCGAAUUCGAGGCAAAGACAAGCCAAGAAUAAAGGAGUUGACAAUCAGUUUUGUCCAAGUGUACAGCUGAAUAUCUCUAGAAAUGUGUCCUCUGAAUCUAAAAAUCCGACGUUAAAGAAAAUGAUGGAGCAAGGCAAAGGUGCGAGUCCACGGUUAAAAAAAUGGGGAAGUGGAGAUGGAAAUGUUACAGAUGAAGACUUGGAAUCUCUUCCAAAUUUGGAUGAAGAGGUCAUUGGUAUCAUAACAAUGGAGGAUGUCAUGGAAGAACUGCUGCAGGAGGAGAUAUUGGAUGAGACAGAUGAGUACAUCGAUGUUCACAACAAGAUCAAAAUCAAUAUGCUUCCAUCAAGAAGAUCAUCAUCAAGAUCUCCUGCAGUGGCACUGGCCUCUCACCUUCACUGGCGAUCGCCAGUGGCAUCUCCGCUUUCUUCAUGUGGUCAUACUCCAGUACUAGACUCACCAGUCUCCCCCUAUGUUUAUCCAUCCUUUAUAAGACCCACUCUCUCUGCUUCACCUGGGAUUUCUAUGCCAAAUUCUCCAGCUGGUCUUGCAGGCCCUAUUCGCAGCUCACCAUCCCCACAUCGGGUUUCAAGAAAAUCAUACGAGAAGAUAAGGCAACCAGGUGGUUAACAGGGCUCCUAUUGUUUGACACAGUGGCCUUUAAACAUUACAUGUAUAAUAUCAACCAGAUCAUAUCUUAUAAUAAUUGUGUAUGAACUCCUUUUCAACUGCCUGUAUACAACCAUCUGCAACACUUAUUAUUGAUCA